AACAUUCACAAGGAGCAUCCAUGGACUUGUGGAACCGGGAUGAAGCUUCAGCGCAGGAAGUGCCCCCAGGGAACCGGCUGUCAGGGCUGGAAGGAGCUGAGCUCGGCUUCUAUUUCCCUGAGCUGGCGCUCCCAGGGGACCCGCUGACAGCGGAGACAAGCUGGAAAAGUGGUUGUGGGCUGGGACCCCUGGGAGCGGAGGAAGGACUCUCACCGCUGGACUGGAGCUCCGCGUUACCGCACCUAGACGCUCCAUGGCGGGCUGAGCCCGCCGGUCAGGCUAUUCCGUGGUCGGGAGACUGGACGGACUUGGCGUGCCACGGCACGGACCACUGGAACGGCUUCUCGCUGGGCCUAGGCCCCGCCCCUCCGGCCCUGGGCCCCGCCCCCUUCGCUGCUUGUGCGGGGGCAGCGGAUCAGAACUGUGUCACCUCCGCGGGAGGGACCAGCUCGUGGUCCUGUGCCCAGGCCGCCGCCAGCUCUACCAAUUGGGACAGUUCAAUUGGCCUCGACACCGCCACCUACUGGGGCAAGGGCCUCUGCGGGGAGCCCCACGCGGACUCUACCAUCUCGUGGGGUGGACCCGCGGGCUCAGACUAUGCCACCUCCUGGGUCUCGGGGCUGCAUACGGACUGCACCACCUCUUCAAAGGGAUACCAGGCUUCAGAUCUCACCACGCCCUCCAAACCAAGCCAGCAGUCGGACCGCGCAACCUUGGCUUGUUACCCCAAAGGCAACCAUCGAGGUCCCAUUCAGCUGUGGCAGUUCCUCCUGGAGCUGCUCCGAGACGGGGAGCGUAGCAACUGCAUCCGCUGGACGGGCAACAGCCGCGAGUUCCAGCUGUGUGACCCCAGAGAGGUGGCGCGGCUCUGGGGUGAGCGCAAGAGGAAGCCUGGCAUGAACUACGAGAAGCUGAGCCGAGGCCUGCGCUACUACUACCGCCGUGACAUCGUGCGCAAGAGCGGUGGGCGCAAGUACACGUACCGGUUCGGCGGCCGCGUCCCCGGCCUGGCCCAUAGCGGCUGCGCUGGGGGUGGACAGGGAGGGGCGACCCAAUAAAAAUAUCUCGUCAAAUUA